AUGGAACCGAUGAAUUCGCAUAUGUCAGACAAUGUGGAACUAGGGACCGAAGAUGCCGAGAUGGAGUUUGAAGAAGAAGAUAGUCCAACCAAGCUGCACAUUGAUCCUAAUGUGUUUGAUAACUUGGAGUGGGAGGUCGAAUGCACAGCAGAUGUGUGGAAAUUUCUAAAGGAUAAUCAUCCAGAGAUGCCUGAGAUUAAACACAGAGUUCUUCGACGAAUUCAACUUUUGGCAUCUGGAGAAUGGCGACCAGAUUUGUGUAAACAUGUCUCAAAUGCACCACCAACUCUUAAGCUGUAUGAAGCCAAAUUGUCCAAAGCAGCCCGAAUUAUCUGGGAGUUGGCAGUUACAUUUUCAUCCCGGUUAAGUGAAGCAGCGUUAAAGGAUGGCAGAAUCUAUUCUGAGAUUAUCAGAGUCUGGGACAUUGUACUGGAUCAUGAUCAUCUGCACCGUGCAAUUGAAAAGAUCAUCAAGUCCCAUACCCGUGGAGAGGGCUGUAUUUUGCAGAAAAAACUCAAGGGUGUCAAGGACGAACAGUUCAGAGGCACUUCAAUGAAAAAAAGAGUGCCGAUGCUUUACACUGAGGAAGACUAUGAUGUGGACUUGGCAGCUGCCAGGGAAAAUCAACAAUCUCUCAAGCUCUACCCUCCAGCAAGCCCCCAAGAGACGGAAUACCACAUUCUCAAAUUCUACUCCUUCUCCUCAACCCUUGUUUUAAAUAUUCUUCAAAAUCAUGACAUAGAGGUGGAUUUCCCAUUCCGACUGACUGACACAGAAUAUGCCAUCAUUAACCUGGAGUCAAAUUCGCCCAUCUUGCUGCAGGGCAGAAGUGGGACAGGGAAGACCAUAUGCUGUCUGUACAGACUGUGGACAUUUUUCACAAACUACUGGAAAAAAGAAAAUGAAGCUGGCGGAUAUCUGCUUCCACGAGAACUUUUUAUGACCACGUGCACGGGCACAUUUGCGACCCCCGAAAAUGUGGAAACAAUCCAACGACUUGUGCAUGAGGAUCGUCGGACAUCCAUUAACGACAUUGCUGCCAUCGUUGAUGUGUCAUCUGGAACAGUGCAGGCAAUCCUAACGUCUGAUUUGAACAUGCACCGCAUUGCUGCAAACUUCAUGCCCCAGCUUCUGACCUCCGAUCAGAAGGAGCUCGGUGCCGAACUGUCACGUGAGUUUCUCGGCCGUAACAGCAUGGUGACUCUAUCGCACCCGCCCUACUCGCCAGAUUUGGCCCCUUCCGACUUCUUCCUCUUCCCGAAGAUGAAGUUGCAGCUGAAGGGUCGCCGUUUUGACACUGUGGAGGAGAUCGAGUGUGAAUCGCAGAAAAUGCUUGACAUGCUUGGAGAACAAGACUUCCAGAACGCGUUCCAGCAGUGGCAACGGCGCUGGGAAUGCUCCUAUGAAAAUAAAGAUGAUCACCUGCACCAGCUCUUUAUCACGAAGAACUCAUUUCUCUGCAGUGAGGUACAGAAGAAUUUCAAUGCAUUCUGCCGUGGAUCAGACAUUGCAGAAGAGCAUCUGAAGAAGGAAAAUGUUAAAUUACCAAACAGACUUCAAGCCGUGGAUGACUUUCUCUUCCCAUUGUUCCUGACAUCCAGACAACUGCUGCUGAUGUUGGAUGCAUCACUGAAUCCUCCGUACUUCUUUGAAAGGAAUGAUGAUGGGAGUCUGAAGGUUAUCAUACAGGGCUGGGGCACCCAGGAGGAUCUGUUCGGCUACACCCCACUUGACCACGACUCGGAUGAUGGAAGUCUGAAGGUUGAACAUGCUGCUGAUGCAGCAAAGAAACUGAAGAUAGAUCCUCGUCGAGAAGUCACAUAUGAUGUUUUUGCUAAUGAGGUCUGGCCGAAGAUCCGUAAAACAAUGUCAGUUGACUACCACCCAAUAUUGGUGUGGACUGAAAUCAUGUCCUUCAUUCGAGGAUCAUUUGAGGCUCUCACAAAACCAAAUGGAAUCCUGGAGAAAGAUGAGUACAUUGAGUUAGGAUGCAAGCGUGCGCCUAAUUUUAGUGGAGAUCGUGACAAGAUUUAUGCACUAUUUUUGAGGUAUAAUCACUUUAAGAAACAGAAUUUCUUGUUUGAUGAGUCAGAUCUAAUUUAUUCCAUCUACAAGCGGCUGUGGAACCUCGAGGAACAACCUUGGGUGUUGCAUCAAAUGUAUGUGGAUGAAACACAGGAUUUCACCCAGGCAGAAUUGGCAAUUCUGAUUCACAUCACACAAAAUCCUAAUAACAUGUUUUUAUCUGGAGAUACGGCACAAAGCAUCAUGAGGGGAAUUAGUUUUCGCUUCUGUGAUCUGAAGACACUCUUCCACUAUGUCAAAAGGUCACUAGAUGCUGUGGACAAAACCAGAUCAGUUGAAGUCCCCACAAACAUGUACCAGUUGACACACAACUACCGGUCACACAAUGGUAUUCUCUCCCUUGCAUCUGCCAUCUUAGAUCUGAUGGUUGAAUUUUUUCCAGAAUCAUUUGAUCGUCUACAGAAGGACCAAGGCUUGUUUCAAGGACCUCGGCCAGUUCUGAUUGAUUCCUGCAGUCCUGGAGAUCUAGCUAUUCUGUUGCAGGCAAACAAGCGUAAAACAUCCCACAUUGAGUUUGGUGCACACCAAGCCAUUUUGGUUGUGAAUGAUGCAGCAAGAGACUCCAUUCCUGAAGAGCUACGACUGGGCUUGAUUCUCACUAUCUAUGAAGCAAAAGGACUCGAAUUUGAUGAUGUGCUGCUGUACAAUUUCUUCAAGGAUUCUUAUGCUUCCAAAGAGUGGCGAGUUGUGACACAGUUCCUGGAAAAUCUGAAAGAGAAUGUAGAUAAUACAGAUCGUUUUGAGAAUCUAGUGGUGCUUGACGAAGAGGUUCUGAGACAGCCAUCCCGACCUCGGCUUGCGUUUAACUCGAACCAACACAAGGUGUUGAACUCUGAACUGAAGCACCUCUACACGGCACUGACGUGGGCUCGCGUCAACGUGUGGAUCUUUGACGAAGAGGAGAAACGAGCGCCCAUGUUUGAGUAUUUCAAAGCCAGACGUCUUGUGCGGGAUCUUUCACUGGGCAGCGAGAAAUCAACAGAUUUGGACAGCAUCACAUUUGCUGAGAAGUCUGGAGCUGCAGACUGGGAGAAACGUGGAGAUGAACUUAUGAGACACCGCCUCUAUGAUAUUUCCACUAAAUGCUACAAAAUGGCUGGCUGUGAAACUAAAGAAAUGAUUGCAAAUGCACACAACAAGUUUCUACAAGCUGCUAGAAUGUACCAGCGAUUGAAGAAGCCACUAGACUGCAGCCGUUGUUAUGAACAGCUUGGACACUUUAAUAAAGCUGUUGAUAUACUCUUCAAAGAAAAGCUCUAUGACGAAGCUCUCGACUGUCUGCGCAGAUACAAGAUGAUUUCGGAGGAUUUAACGUCUAAAGGAAAGACCAUGCCCCAGGUGAUGCUGGACCAUCAGCCUCAAGACGCAUACACUGAAGAGAGACUCAUUUACAAGUUGGCUGAGCUGCACGCUCGCCAGGACAACAAGACACAGAUGCUUGCUGCAUUGGAAAGACUGUCUGGUCUUAAUGAGGAAAUAAAAUUCCUUGUCACGUUUAAGUAUCUUGAUGAAGCAGCAAAUUACUUUAUAAAGGAAGGCAAAACAACAGAAGCUGUCCAGCUGAUGCUAAAGAAUGGGAAACUAGAAGAGGCAGUAGCAGCUUCAGAGAAACAUGGGGACAUGAUCUUAAUUGGCGAGUGUCAUUUUAUUGUGUCACAGUUUCUAAAAGGCGAACCUGACAAGAAGGAUGAUGUUAUCCAUCAUCAGCUCAAAGCUAUUCAAUCAUUCCAGGCAGCUGGUGACAAUAAUGCACUGGGAAAAGCUCUUAUGAUUCUGGCAUGCAUAAACAUUGAUAAGGAUAUGGCUAUACAAGCAUUAUCGUUAUUUCAAAAUGAGACACUAUAUACAAAUGAAACUGUAUUGGAAGCCAUGGGGAUCGUUAUGGACCUGCUGAAUCAGAAAUCGGAAUUUGAGGAUUAUAUUACUACAAUCCGUAGAAUUGAGAAAGCCUUUACUGUCAUUGAAAAGCUUUUUAAGGAAACAACUGCUGAAGACAAGGCUAGAGCUCAGCUCUACUACAGAUUCUUUGUUUUAUACCAGAACAAUUCAAAACCAUCUCCUAAAGAACAACCAAGAUGCACAGAAGUCAUUGAAGAUUUCUUUGAGGACAGAAAAGAAGCUGUCGUUGAAAGGGGAAGGAUUCAGAUAUGUGUCUCAUUGGGCUGCUUUCUGAUUUCUCAAAUGAAAGAAUGGCUGAAUAAAGUGGAGUCUACUUUUCGGCAACAGGUCCCACAUAAUAUGCAGUGCAAAGCUUAUCUUGAGGGAUCAGUAUGUCCAGAUGAGGGGGCCUGCCCUUACAUGCAUCAAAUGUACACUCAAUCGGCAACUUCUUCAGCCAUUAAGCUCUUUCUUUGGGAUGUCAGCUUGAGUUACAUUGUUCAAACAGGAGUCGACAUAGUCAAAAAGCUAGACAUACCUGAACUGUCGGACGAAGUUGGUUGCUUUGUAGAGGAAGACACAAAAUUCGAGUCAUGCAAACGAUUGUUAGACUUCCUCAUGCCUUUGCAUCAUCAUUCCAGAUUCCUUUCAGCAGUUGUCAGAGAUUUUGAAAAAGAAUGGUCCCACAGCAAUGUGUUUCGACAGAUUGAGAACCCUCUAUGA